AUGGCUGAGAGCCAGAAGAAAAAAGGUGGCUUUAAAAAGUUUUUUAAGCUCAAGGGGUUUGGAAGCCUGAGUAGCAUUCCUCGCAGCUUCGGCUUCCGCAGAGUCUCCGUUGCCCCCAGACUCUCCGAGUCCUACGGAGGGGGGUCGCUCUCUUCUAAAGGCUUCCUGACCCUCAACUUCGAGAUCACGCAAGACGACUUGGGGGCUGGCCCCAAAAGCCCGUCGCAUUAUGCCUGCUCCAGCCACAUGUUCACCCACAUGGGCACCAUGCCCAGAGGCAGCUCUAGACAGAAGGUUGGGAGCCAUGGGGCCGAGAAGGCCUUGGAGCCAACGUUACCCGGGGCCACCGAGCUUGGAGACAUGGUGAGGGCGUCUGCUGCUCCGCAGACAGGUUCUCCAACGUGGGGAGAAGGAGCAGAACCCAACGAGAAAGAGAGGUCAUCUUCUGUGGUCAACAUUGACCCAAGCGGUUCCUCAGAAGCAAUGGUCCAGGCUGAGAAAUCUUCUCAACGUUUCCUUGAGCCUGGAGAGAUGUCCAGCCCAGGAGCAAAGGAGAAAGAACAGGAUUGUCUUCAAGGAACCAUUAGACUCUUUGAGAGGGCCCAAGAUGACCUAGAAGUCUUCCCCUUAAGUCCAUCUCACUAUGCCCAGUCUUGUGAUGCCUACAGCCACCUGGGCACCAUGCCGAGGGCCCGUGCUGGGCAGUCCAAGAAAUCCACCAAAGAGAAGAAGCCUACGAAGACUCAGCAAGACCUCGGCCAAGAUCUGGCCACAGAAGCAAUCCUGUCCCGUGAGGAAAGGGUCAAGGAAUCUAGAGACCAAGAGACGGCAGAGACAACCUCGGAGGAGGACCCAGAAGAAAGGCAUUCUGACGGAUUGGGAUCUUCGAGUGAAUACGUUAAGUUCUCCAAGGAGAAAUACAUUCUUGACUCCUCGCCGGAGAAGCUUCACAAGGAGUUGGAAGAGGAGCUGAAACUCAGCAGCUCAGACCUGAGGAGUCACGCCUGGUAUCAUGGCCGCAUCCCCCGGGAGGUGUCGGAAAGCCUGGUGCAGAGGAACGGGGAUUUUUUGAUCCGCGACUCGCUCACCAGCCUGGGCGAUUACGUGCUGACGUGCCGCUGGCGGAACGAAGCCCUCCACUUCAAGAUCAACAAGGUGAUGGUGAAAUCCGGCGAAGGGCGCACCCACAUCCAGUACCUCUUUGAGCAGGAGAGUUUCGACAACGUCCCGGCCUUGGUGCGCUUCUACGUGGGCAACCGGAAGCCCAUCUCGGAACAGAGCAAUGCCAUCUUCUACUGCCCCAUCAACCGCACGUUCCCGCUGCGCUACCUGGAGGCCAGCUACGGACUGGCCAAUGGGAAGCACAGUAGCUCCCAUAGCCACUCUGGGCAGAAAGGGGGGCACAUCAAAAGGAGGAGCAUCACCAUGACGGACGGACUGACCGCGGACAAGAUCACCAGGAGCGACGGGUGUCCCACCAGUGUCUCCUUGCCGCAUCACCGGGACAUCAUUCGGAACUGCGCUGUCAGUGUGGACCAGAUCCAAGACCUCCACUCCCCAAUGUCACCCAUCGCCGAGACCCCAGCCACUCCAGCUUACAGCACUGUUACUCGUCUCAAACCACAAGCGAGCCAAGCUGGCAACGGUGCCACCCCGUCAUCCCCGGUCAUCCGACGCUCUAGCGAGCCGCAGCUAUGCCAGGGGAACGGCAGUAAAAGCGAGCUGUCGGACAGCACCCACUCGACCCCUUCCCACGGAUGCUCCAGGGCGUCCCCUUCUCCGUCUGCCAGCAGCUACAGCGACCCAGAUUCAGGACAUUAUUGCCAGCUUCACCCGCCCUCUCCGGUCCAGUGGGACAGGCCAAUGCCCGACAACAAAGUGAUGCCAACCAAGAGUUACGUGGAGAGGCUAAAGGGGGACGAAUGCCAGCGAGGAUUUAUCCUGAACGGUUCCGAAGGAGAAGCUGGGCCCAGGAAGAGGCCGGAGCAGGACAUGAUAGGCUUUGUGGUCCCGGUGGUGGAAAGGACAUCCUCGUUCAAUCCCGCGCUGUUCCACUCCUUGCUUAUUCCAGGGGAAAAUAAACCUCUGGAAAUGAUGGUGCUGAAGAAGAUCAAGGAACUGCUUGCCGAAGGGGACGCCAGGACUCUCGCCAAGCAUAUCACCCACGUGGAUUGCCUGGUUGCUAGGAUACUGGGGGUUACCAAGGAGACCCAGAGGCUCAUGGGAGUCAGCUCAGGGAUGGAGCUGCUCACCCUGCCCCACGGACAUCAACUUCGCCUGGAUUUGUUGGAAAGGUUCCACACCAUGACCAUCAUGAUCGCGGUGGAUAUUCUGGGGUGCACAGGCAGCAUUGAGGAGCGGGCCUCUCUGCUCCACAAGACCAUUCAGCUGGCGGCCGAGCUGAAGACCAUGGGCAACAUGUACAGCUUUGCUGCUGUGAUGAACGCGCUGGAGAUGACCCAGAUCUCCCGCCUGGAGCAAACCUGGAUGGUUUUACGCCAGCGUUACACGGAGGGUGCCAUUCUUUACGAGAAGAAGCUAAAGCCUUUUCUCAAGAGCCUCAACGAAGGAAAAGAAGGACCACCCUUAUCUAACACCACCUUCCCUCACAUCGUGCCUCUCAUUACUCUUCUGGAGAGGGACACGGCACUGCCGGACCACCCUGAACCCUGGGAGAACCUGGACAACAGCGUGGAGGUAGUUAUGGCCCAUCUGGAGGCGGCACGCACGGUGGCCCACCACGGGGGACUGUACCACACCAAUGCGGAGGUGAAGCUGCAAGGGUUCCAGCCACAACCGGAGCUUCUGGAGGUUUUUAGCACCGAAUUUCAGCUCCGGCUAUUAUGGGGGAGCCGGGGGGCCGAAAGCAGCCAGAGCGAGCGCUACGAGAAGUUCAACAAGGUCCUCACCGCCCUGUCCCACAAACUGGAGCCAGCAGUGCGUUCGAGCGAGUUGUAG